GCUAGACAAAAGUCAGCAAAUACUCGUGCUGAUAAUUCAUAAGAACGGUCGAAAGUAAAUACUACUGAAGUCGUGUCUUUGCGAGCGUGAAAUGAGUGUCGAAAAACAAGUUCACGAGUGCCUCACAAAAAAAUUGAAAAGUUUAGCGUCCAAUCACUAUCACUUCAUCAAAAGUAAUGAUAAUACCGGAAAUAAUGACGAUAAUUCUAUAUUAUGCAAGUUGAAUGUAGAAGACUUUAUUAAUUUUGUGGAACAUCUUGGCGAGUCGGAUAUUUCUGGAAAGAUCGAUUUUGAAGUAUUCAAACACGGUGUUAAACAACUCGUGGAGUGCAAUGAAGAUGUAUGCGAAGUCCUUUCAAAAAACACUCGUGUUUCGGCAGAAAAAAGUGGUGCGAUACUCCAAUUAGUAUACGAAGUCUUGUUGGUGAUCUUUUCCAAAACAAAUCAGUUGGAUAGACAGUUCUAUUUCCACGAAUGGUUGCAGUGUUAUUACGCCGAACUGAAAAAACAUUUCAUGCAAAUCGACUUCUCUUCAACAGCAAUUUUUUCUCAAGACUGCUAUGAAUAUGAAGUAAAAAAAUGUCUACUUUUCGCAAAAGUGGAAACAGCCAGACAAAGUUUCUACGACUCCAAACAAAACCACAAGACUCUAGAACUCGUACAGGAGUUAAUAGAGCACUUUCAGAACCCCAAUCUCUCCAGAGAAGAUUGUUACGUAGCAGUCAAAAAUAAGCUGAAAUCAAGAGAGAUCAGCUUCAUAGGAUACCAACUAGAAGCUCUAAACGAGAGGUUGGGAUUUCUUGGAGAUUACUACCAACUGAAAAUAACUGUGAAACACAACGAGCGAGUCGAAUUACUCAAAUUUUUUGCCAAAUAUCUACCGACAACAAACGAAACAACGAAAAGCUUGGCUCUAUUAUCAUUCAACAAAGAAAGAUUCAUUUACCAAACAUUCAUACCAGUUCUCAACGAAUUAGGAUUCGAAGAGUUAACUGACUUUGCCCCGAAAUGUUUCUUUGCGAGAAGUAACGAUGUUCUGGUAUUAGAAGACGUUUCGAUCCUCCGAUAUAAAUCUUCAGAUAUACAUACCCCCGUCAGCUACGAGUGGAUCGUAAUCGUCUCGAAACUGUUGGCGAAGUUCCAUGCAUGUUCGAUCCUGUACGAAGAGAAAAUACGAUCGAAACUGAACCAGGAAUAUUGCGAGUAUUUGAAGGAGAUCAGCUUCACGACAGAGCCAUCUGGGGCGGUGAUGCUGCGUGGGGCAAGAACUGUUGUAGAAUUGUUUAUGGACAUACUUCCAACUAUUUCUAAGAGGUUGGGAAUCGAAAGUCUAAAACGGAAAGUUGACAAUGCUUUCAGUAGAAUGUUUCAGAUUCUGAAAGAGCCAAGUAGAUUCAGGAGCGUAAUCUGUCAUGGAGACUUGUGGGGAAGCAACAUCUUGACUAAGUCAGGACAAGAUGGUAAACCAAAAUCGUGCUUUCUGGUAGACUAUCAACUGACAAGGUACGGUCCACCAGCAAUGGAUCUUCUUUUUCUAUUGUACACGAACACUGAUAAAGAAACGAGAAAACAAUAUAUGGAUGCUGCAGUGAGAGAGUACCAUGGAGAACUUUCCAGGAUCCUGAAUAAAUAUGACGUUAACGUUAACAAUAUUUACGACUUCGAAACUUUUUUAGAGAGUUGCGAAUAUGUUAGAUCCGCAGUAAUUUGCCAGGCAGCUUGUUAUUUGCAAAUUUUGCUCUGCCCGAAAGAAAAAAUCAAGAUGAUCAAUGAUUCUCCUGAGGAUUCAUUGCAUUUUUAUUUGGUUGAUCGCAGUGAUGUGUUCCUUGAGGCGAUGGAAUAUGAACCGUUCAGAAAGAGGAUGGAAGAAAUUGUAGAAGAUUUAUGUGAAGUUUGAGGAUUUUAUUGGCAAAAUUUACGAUUUUAUAUCUAAUAUUUAUAUUCUUCAACUUUUUUGACAUGAAAUAUAUUUUUGAAGUCACUGAUGAAGAAUAGUAUAUUACGUAUCGAGUAGGAUAAGAAGCCAAUUACCCACGAGCAAAAAAUUGUAAGCACGAGACGUUAGCCGAGUGCGAUAAUUCGCGAGUGGACGUAAUUGGCCUUAUCCUCUAGGUGUGCACUAUACUUUUUCUACGACUGAUCGUAAAAGGAAUGGAACAAUAUGUUUGUAUGAGAUCAUGACUUUGGAUAAUAAAGUCAUUCAGUCAAUCAAUCAGAAGUCAAUUGAAUGAUUUGAAAAUUGGUGACAAUAUUUCCUACAAAUUAUUUUAUUAGGGUUCAUUUUUGUUAAAAGUUUUUGCUAAAUCUUCGAAAUGAACGAAAAGAACGUUUUCUUCUCUCUUCAACUCAUAAAAUUUUCGAAAUUAUAUCCGUAUUCUUCUCUUGAUUUUGCUGGCAGCAAAUUUUUCAUCGCAAUAUUUGCUUGCUCGGUAUUAUCUGGUGGGGUAACACGAAUUUUUUGAUCGGUAUCACUCAUUUUGAAUUUUCACGAGAUACUGAAUGACAGCUCAUAACAACGAGUGGUUGUUGAUUCACGGAUAUAACUAGAUUCAUUACCAACCCACAAACUGUUGAACAAUAAAUUUUGGAUUUUGGCUUUUGGGCAAUUAAAUGUAUUCAUAAGAUCAUAUCAGAGUAAUGGUUACAUAUCUUAUCAUUUUUGAAAAUUUCCUAUGGAAGUGGUCGACAUUAAUUUAGAAUACACGUGCAUUCUAAAUGAGCCAUUAUCCACCUGUUAUCAAAUGCGUAAUCAUUACUUCAAAAUGAAGGAAGUAGAAACAAUUGUUUCACCAGGUGUCACAAUUUAUGAGUAACUGUUUCUUUGUUGUUGAAGGUGACAUUUUGAAUUUACAAUUCCAGUGCUGCCGUUGAAAAAAUCCACAACAACAAACCAAAGUAUUAAUAACUGUCAGACAAUAUUAUACGAUUUUUUUCUUAAUAUUGUAUUGGAAAUUUUGAAGGGUUCAAAUCAUUUCUAUUCCAUAUUCGAACGAACUAUGGAUUCAAGAAAGAUAGUUGAAAUUUUUGAGCCCCGAAAAGUUUUAUUUUUGGUUUCAUCAAAAAAUAAUUCUUUGCUACGUAUAUCUAUUAUGAAAAAUGUAUUUUUGCAGUUUUUGAAAAUCGUAUCCAUUGAUAAUAUAAUACAAACAGGUAUUUCAAUACAGUAACCGUUAACUAAUUUCAAUUGUAUGUUUCCUACUUUUAUUGUGAGAAAUGUCUCAGAAAAUGAAUUUUGUAACUGAAAAAAUGACCUAACCACAAACAAAACCACUCAUCAGGGAGUUAUUGAAAUUUGAACUUAUAAAAUUAACAAUAGUGUAGAAAUAUUACUUUAUAUCAGCCUUAUAUAUGUAUGUAUAUCCACACACGAGCAUGGUA